GGUGGCCUUCCUGGGCUCAGCGGCGCAGCUGCAGCGUGGGCUGGGCACGCAGUCUCCAUCGGAGGCCAGCGAUGGCUUUUUUGGUCCGAAGCGCUGGCGCAUUCGGAGCUUGGCCAUUGCAGGUACUUGGAUGGCCCUGUUGGCUUAUUCUGUGCUCCUGGCACCUGGAAAGAGUCCAGACGAGCGGGUGGCAGAUCAGGCUCUCAUCCAGCAGAUUUUCUCAACGCCCUUCGACGGCUCGGUGAACCCACUCUUCUGCUGCAUCUUCAACAUGCUAGGCAUCUGGCCGAUGAUCUACGCCGCCACUUUGCUGCCGGGAGCCGAUCGUCAGUCGCCAGCGCCGGCACUGCCGUUCGUGGCUGGAUCUUUCUUCCUCGGUGCUUUUGCUCUCAGCCCUUACCUGGCGCUGCGUGAGAACAGGUCUGUGGCAGGUCAAUCAGGAGAGAUUGACUGGGCCACGGCGAACAUCCUCGAGAACCGCUUAACUGCUUUGGUCCUUCUUGCUUUCGCUGCCUAUUUGGCGCUUUUUGCUGUGGGAAACGGGGUGAUCGGCGGCUUCUCGCCCUCCGAAGCCUUUUCUGGCUUCAUGCCAGUUUUCGGCAGUAGUUUGACUGCCCACGUAUCAAGCCUUGACUUCAUGGUGCUUUGGAUGCUUUUCGGGCCGGUGCUGCUGGAAGAUGGACGCCGGCGAGGCAACGUGAAGUGGCCUGGCCUGGCUGCUGAGUCGCCCGCCGCUGCCCAGCCAGCGGUCCUGAGGGAGGAUAUGAUUGUGGAAGUUGCAGCCAUAGGAGUUGACGACGAAGCUCCUGCAAUCCGAAGGCCGCAGCGAAGAGGAGACACGGAUCUCGGCGACCAAGGUAUUGAGGCUCGUGUGUCUGGGGCUGUGAUGGUACAUGAGGCCUUCACCUUGCGGCGCUCCUUGUCUAGGCAAAGCGCAGCGCAAGCGUCUUGGGAGCCCAGCUCCGGUCCAGGUGGCCGAGGCGGUGGUGUGGGGUCGGGUGCGGCGGAGUUUGUCCUGACGGAAGGCUCAUGGAAUGGCCGUGGCAGGGCACAGUUACAACUGAAAACGCUUUACGAUGCCGUGCAUGUGUUCAUAUUGAAACCGCUUCAAAAGGCGAUUGGAGCCAUAGCGCAGCUGCAUGCGCAGCUUCUGGAGGACCGCCGUGAGGCCUUACCAGAUCUUUUCCGGCCCCUGGACGCUGAAGCAGUGGCUUCCGCUGCUUUGUGGCCAACAGUCAGAGAACACUGCUCUGCUGCUGUUCGCCUGGCGCUCCUGGAAUCCUUGCUGGAGGCUGGGCGUCAAGUGCCUUUGCACCAGGCCCUAAGCCAGCCCCAACAUGUUUACACGGUGCGACAACGUCUGCGGCAAGUGACCAUGCAGCACAUCGACGACACCUUCCUGCCGGUUCUGUCCAUGGCCGGGAUACCAACAACAGAUGUGGCCCGGUUCUCGGGCCUCAGGCGGAGGUUGUGCAUUUGGAUGUUGCAUGAUGUUGCCAGGCAGUGGCCCGCUCUCUUUUACUGGAAAUGCGUCAUGGAAGGCUUUAUCGAGAGUAGAAGGUUUGUAAAAAUGACUCCCCGAUUCAGGACGCAAUUUCGGAAAACCAGGCAGACGUGCCGGAGACAGAUUCGGAAAGCAACCAGGGACCGAUUCAGAAAACAAUGA